GUUCACAUACUCAUCAUAGUGUCCUAGAAAGACUAGACUUGAUGAUUCAGUAGUCUUCUUUGUUUGCUGAAAGCUUCGUCCAUUAAUCACCAUUGGUUUGAAAUUCGAGCAGUUCCAAAAUCAAAAAGUUGAAAAAACCAGACAAGAACAAAACAACUGCUGCUGUCUUUCUCUGGUUGAACUUGGUUUGGCUGUGAGAGGUUUUUCUUUCAAUAAAAAAAUGGUUAUAAUAGGACCCAAAAUAGUACCAGAAGAAGAGCCAAAAAGUGAAAGCAAGGUAUUUUUUUCAGUUAGAUGGAUGAAAGAAUUCAGUCAGAUUUUCAAUUCUACAGAUAAAAUUGAUGAAGGUGGUGUUGUUGGAACUUCUGAAAACAAAAAGAAAAAGAAGAUUGGUUGGAAUAUGGUGAGAAUUAAAAGAACUAUCAAAUUUUCAUCUGACCAAGAACACAUUCGAUAUGAAAAUGGAUGUUUCGAGUAUAAACAGAUUAAAGCAGCUACUGAAAAUUUUAGUCCUGCCAACAUGAUUGGUAGAGGUGGUUUUGGACCAGUGUAUAAGGGUGUUCUCCCAAAUAAGACUGCAAUAGCGGUGAAGAAUCUAUCUUCGAAUUCAAAGCAAGGAAAGAGAGAAUUUCUCAAUGAAAUUAACACAAUUUCUAGAUUGAGACACCCAAAUUUGGUUACAUUGUACGGGCAUUGCGCAGUGGAUAACAAGUUCCUAUUAGUAUAUGAGUACAUGGAGAAUAGUUGCCUGGCAACUGCACUGUCCGGCUCGAGGCCAAAUUUGAAGGAAAGACUAGAUUGGCAAACUAGAUUUAAAAUUUGCAUUGGGAUAGCGAGGGGUCUUGCAUUCUUACAUGAAGGAGCAGCAUUCAGAAUUGUUCAUAGAGAUAUCAAGCUUUCAAAUGUUUUACUAGACAAAGAUCUUAAUCCCAAGAUAGCUGAUUUUGGAUUAGCUAGGCUGGACCUUGAAGAGGGGACACACAUCAGCACUCGCGUAGCAGGAACCAUAGGAUAUAUGGCUCCAGAGUAUGCAAUGCGUGGCAGGUUAACUGCGAAAGCAGAUAUAUACAGUUUCGGAGUGGUCAUACUUGAACUCAUUAGUGGAAAGUGUUGUUCAGACAAGCUGCGAGAUGAUAGUCUGUACCUUUUAGAUUUCGCUGUAGCUUUACAAAAGAAGGGAGAUCUUAUGUCACUAAUCAAUGAAAACUUAAGGACAGGCAUUCCAGUGAAAGAAGCUUGCAUGAUGCUAGACUUGGCAAUGUUAUGCAUUUCUCAUUCUCCUGAGAUGAGGCCUAGUAUGUCGGAAGUGGUGAAUAUUCUUGAGGGAAAGACCAUAAUGAAAGCUCCUACUCUAUUAGAAUCAGAUGACUUGUCAAGAGUCGAUUCCGAUGAGAUGAGCAUGAUUGAAUUUUCAGAUAACUACAUAGACAACACUACUACAGAAAUCGCAACACAUCAAGGUAAUGCUUCUACCAACCUAGAAAAUGAGGCUUUGGUUCUUUCCAAAUAUCGCGAUUUAAUAUCGAAUGCGAAAGAUUCUACAAGCGAGGAACAACAAGAUGCGGUAGGAGUCCUUUCUUCUAGUCAUAUUUCACCAAAGCAGGAAAACAAUAUCUUUACUACCGUGUUUUGUGGUGAUUCUAUUGCUAGUGCUAUUGCAAAUGAACUAAACAAUGAGGGAGGGGAAGAUGCAAUUCAAGUUUUUUCCUCUCAUGGUGCAUCUAAUGAGGAAGACAAAACUUGUACUUCAUCUCAUAGUAAUUUGCAAUCUCGUGUAAAGGAUUCCAUUACUGAAGAUAGGGACGAUUCUAGGUUGCUGAUCGGCACAAAUGUUUCAACAGCGAAGGCUUCUAUAUCAAAUGCCAAGGCAUCACCAUCUUCAACCUUUGAGUGUGUCAAUGAAGCGAGGGACGAAGCUGAGCUCAAGUAUAUUGAACCGCAUUUUGAGGCAGGGAAGUACUACAUUGAAUGUUCAGAUGAAGAAUUGAAAAUUGGAUGUAAUAAAUGGAAGAAUUCCCUGGUUGGAUGUUUUGUGAGUGAAAGUGGAGCAUUUUGCUUUGACAAAGAGGUGGAUGAAGAUGUACUUGGUCAAGCGAUAGAAAAAGCUUCAGAUGUGGCUUCUAAAGGGAAUGGUUAUUUGGUGUCCUUCAUUGGGAACGGACACUUUCUCUUGCAGUUUGGCUCUGAUGAAGAUAAGAUCCGAGUUCUAGAAACAUCAGGCCUUCUGCAUAUCGAGGGUAAAACAUUGGUUUUCCGAAAAUGGGAUUGGAAACUGAAAUUUGACAAAGUUGAAAUGCUGGAAUCUGUUCCUGUAUGGGUGAAGAUUUAUAAUCUACCUCUGUUCCUCUGGAAUUCAUCGUUUCUCAGUAAGGUCGGAAGUGCUUUAGGAAUUCCCAUAUGUGCUGAUCAGGAAACCUUGAAGCAACAACGACUGCAAUACGCAAGGAUUUACAUACAAGUAGCUCCCAGUAAACCAUUGCUAGAUUCUUUGCUUAUUUCAGUUAAAGGAAUUGAUUAUCUACUCAACUUGGAGUACGACUGGAAACCGUUGCGGUGUACAUAUUGUUUCACAUUUGGGCACAUCGAAUCGGAAUGCACGAUGGAAGUGAAGGGGAAACAAGUUUUGGAGUAGUAGUCGUUAUUAGUGUAAGGACUGGUAAUGUCAAGAUUUUAGAUCUUUUAAGUUUUACAGUUUUACUUGAAUUUCAUUUUAAACCUAAAAAUGUGCUUGCAUUUAAAGGUUUGUUAGAAAAUACUAAAGAGAACAGUGAAUCAACUAUUCCUGUCUUUAUAUAAGUGCACAUUGGCAGUCUA